CAACAAGAGGGGAGGGGAAAAGAAAGAAAGGGCCAGACGAGGCCAGAGAGGAGAAAUUGUUAGGAAGAGAGUUGAGCUAAAGUGAGGAGAUGUUAUGAUACAAUAACUUUUCUACUACAAAUACCUGCCGAGCUGACGGACAGGAGUGGGCGCGCGCGAAGUGACCUGCUGCAGGCGGAGAUCGCACCGGACCUCGAGCGGCUAUUUCUAUAUAAAGCCCACGAUUCCACGGAUCUGUGUCAGAGCAUCUCCGACUGGACUCUCGCUUCGGUUUCCUGCCUUUGAGCUCAAUCCUGUCGUUUUCUUUGGUCCAAGGGGAGCAGCAACCAACACAGAACAGUACUGUGGUCUCGCCCCACUUUCUGUCAUUGGGGUCCGAGUUAUCAUCAUCGCUGCUGCUCAUGACAGCGUUGGAGUGAAAUACUUCUGCUAACUAUAUUUUCAGUCGAUUACCUUUUUGAGACGUUGAUUAGAUACGAGGUAGGGGUGUGUGCGGGAGCCGACUGAGGCCAAGGUGGUGUUUAUUUUUUUWAAUUAACGUUAGAGGGAGUAGCGCAUUGGUGGCUAGCUUGCAAAAAAUUUAACCAGCAACUGGAGAGCCAGUGGGAUAUGGGAUAGGUGAAUGCACCAGUUUUACGCACACCUGCAUAUGAUCCGCCUUGUGUGGUAGAAAGUUAAUUGAUGGUGAAUACGAUUUCACGUUGCUUUACAUUUGAAUAUGAGUUGGUGCCAAAGCAAUAGAAUAUCAAUGUUGGAUGUUGACAGUAACCAUACGGCUAAACAGGCAGGUAGCUAACGGUUUUGGGAGUAAACAAAUGCAGGCGUAUUCAGACAGGUUUUAGUAAAUUUAGCUACCAUCUUAUAGAUCGAGUACUCAGCAGUCAUUGUUCCUCAAAUAAUUUAAUUGGUUUCAUGGUGUUAAGAAAAACAAUAGUAACAGACAUUUGUUGUGUAAAGGAAGGGUAGUGACAUGAGGACAAUAAUUGCGUUUCUUUGACUGCUUUCUGUUUCUGUUCUGCGUGUGCAGGGCCAGGGGCGUUACGGAGGGUACGGUGUUAUUUGGACUGGUGCACUUGAGGCUCGGCUCUGGUUGCCUUCUCGAGUUGAACCUGUCGGAUGUAUUUUGAAGUAGCACAGGUUAUUUUGACUGACAAUUGCAGUGCUACUUGCGUCAAUGUAGACUGCAACAAACCCAUCUGUGGUGGCCAGCUAACGUAAGAUAAACAAUUGGUGUUGUCACUUGUCCUCCAAACUUCAGCAAGAACAUCCAAAGUAAAAGCAUGAUGUUGCUGAGCAUAGCCUGCUCUGGAGUUUAUGGAUGGCAAAAAGCUGCUGCUAGCCUGUGUUAAUUCAGCUAACUAGUAGUUGUGUGUAACGUUACACACGGUCCGAUGCAUACGCAAUUGAUUGAUAGAUUCAGACAGAUACAAAUCCCUUCAAUAAACAAAUCUAGCAGUAUGAUGAAUUUGAUAGCUUUGUCAUUUUGAGCAUUUGCGUAACAACUAGCUAGCCAGAUAGCUAAUGCACGUAGCUAGCCAGCUUGCUAUCCACUGCUAGCAAUUUAUGUUAGUGUCGUCCAAGCUAGCUGUCAGACAUUCUUGGUCGAAUACUCCGGAGAUCGUUCCUGCACUUAACAAUUUACUAGCCUUUCGUACCAUUUGUACACUGCUAGACUGAAGCGAGUACGUGUAGAGACAAGUUAAACAUGGCCGCGAGGAUAGCGUAUGUCUCGGACUGAUGUGCCAAUUUACUCCGUGGAUGAGGUUGAGGCCUAGUUAACCUAUUCAUGACCGCAGYACUCCAGUAAUGUAAACAAACAGACGAGGGUGCAUCAGGGGUUAUUAGAUCAAGAGGAACACAGACUUCUUCGAUGAUAUUUAACAUAUUGUCUCAUCUGUAUCCUGUUGCAACUUGUGACUAUUUGGCAAUCCAUUUUACAUUGUGUUAUUCCCCGUAUUUCAUGUUCUGCACUGGGGAAAUGUAAUUGUUAUCGUCAAUGCGCGUGAAUAAAUAGGCUGCUCACAGAGAAUGCGGCAUUCUGAAAAGAUGAAAGCGUGAGCUGGUCUCAUGUUGACGGAUACGCCUGGGACUUCAUUUUAAUCAGAAAUCAACAUUUACAGAUAUAUCUGUACGCCACCGGAUAAAUCAUAAUAGCAGUGCGUCUAUUGCAGUGAACGUUGUGCGUGAUGACCGCAAUCUGAAGAUACGCGUCAGAUGCAGGCACCAUCGAGCACUGUUGCUUUCUUGUUUCAUCGAUGGUGUUGCCAUCCACUAUACGAUCUUGGAUCACUGAUGGAUGUUUGAACACAUGGAUUUUUAUCUGACAUUGUAAAGGGACGUUUUCAAGGACUCUUUUUUUAUUUACUCUCGUUUCUGGAAAAACACAAUAAAGGACCCUUUUCAACCAUGUAUUCAUCAGAAAGCCCUCAAUACCUCCGUCAAGGACUGAGCAUGUUUGUCUGGACCAACGUGGAACCCCGGUCAGUUCCUGUAUUUCCCUGGCAUUCAUUGGUCCCUUUCCUGGCACCAACCCAAUCAGAUGCCUCUACUCAGUCUGGUGAGGGCCAACAACUAAUCAAUCACCCCCAAGCUGCCAGUCUGAAAACAGAGUCUCAGGGGGGUGCAGUGCUGCUACAGGAGGCCAAUGAGGACCCCCCCACCCUGGAGAGAGGACCCACAACAAGGCCAACUCCCUCCACAGAUGACCUGGCCCCAGAGAGGGAGAGAGAGGCCGAAAGAGAGAGGCCAGACAGUGAGACUGAGAGUGAUGUGGAUGACCCGUUCUUCCCCAGUGUUCUUCCUGAGCCGCCCUUGUCUGUGACUCCUGUGAAGAGACGCACUCAGUCCCUCAGCGCCCUGCCCAAAGAUGGGGACAAGAUCAGCCCUAACAAGAGGGAGAAGGACCACAUCAGGCGGCCGAUGAACGCAUUCAUGAUCUUCAGUAAGCGUCAUCGAGCGCUGGUGCACCAGAGGCACCCCAACCAGGACAACCGCACGGUUAGCAAGAUCCUGGGCGAGUGGUGGUACGCCCUGGGGCCCAAAGAGAAGCAGAAGUAUCAUGACCUCGCCUUCCAGGUGAAGGAGGCCCACUUUAAGGCCCAUCCAGACUGGAAGUGGUGCAACAAAGACAGGAAGAAGUCUAGUUCUGAUGGCCGAGGGCUCCCGGGGCCGGGGGGCAAAGACAUUAGAGAAAGGAGCAUGUCUGAGACCACCGAGCCCCAUGGUGUGGAGCUGAAAGGGGUGGGGCCUGGCCUGCUGGGUGUGUCUGAGCGGAAUCCAGGGGAGGGGCAUGUAGGUCAGCUACCCCGCCCCCGAGCCUUCUCCCAGAGUGCCAUGCACAGCCUGGAGAGGAGUGAGAAGGGCAACACACAGGCCCUGGCCGAACUGUCACAGAUGUGUGGGGAUGGUGGUGGCCAGUUUUCGGGGCGUGCCCAGACCCUGUCCCGUUCUCAGAGGGGGGUCAGUGAGGACAUGACCAGUGAUGAGGAACGCAUGGUCAUCUGUGAAGAGGAGGGAGAUGAUGAUGUCAUUGAGGACCCGUACCCUGCCAGCUCCAUAGACCUGAAGUGUAAGGAGAGAGUGACGGACAGCGACAGUGACAACGCCUCUGGGAACGAGAGUGAUCGCAAGCGUGUCUUUGCUCCAGUGAUCUGCUCUUCCUCCUCCCAGCCCACCCCCCACGGACGCUCCGUCUCUCUCUCCUCCUACCCUUCCAAACGCUACGACGAGGAGAGAGGGGGGCUCUCAGACCGCAGGAGGAAGAGAGGAAUAGAGGGAGGUGGUGAUGGAGGAGGAGUGGCAUCCCUCUCUCUUUCCCUGUCCUCCUCAGGCCACUCUGUCAUCUCCAGCCCCGGAGGCCCAUUUCCGUCUGCCCUUGCCCCCCUUGGCCUGUCUCCUGUCCUGGGCUUAGGGGCUGUCAGAGUGGCCUCUACAGUGGUGACCAACGUGGUUCGUCCGGUCGUGAGCACGCCAGUCCCCAUCGCUAGUAAACCCCGAGACGGAGCAGCUUCAUCCAUUCCUCACCCACCAGACAGGAGGUCCCUCCCAUUGCAGCAGGCGCAGCUUCUGAUUGGCUCCGGAGCAGGAAGCGGAGGGCCUGGCUACUACUCCUCAUCGUCACCCAAUCCCAUAGGUGCAGGGGCGGGUCCAGGGGGGCUAGUGACCAGCUUGGUGUUCCCAGGCCACAGCCAGCCCACCGUCCAGCUCAUCAGUCCCUCCCCCAAUCCGUCCUCCCACCACCAGCUGCCCCCCACCGCCCCCGUCUCUGUCCCCACACACAACCACACCAACGGCCCCCUGCCCCUCUCCCUGCUCCAGCCCCAGUUCCUCUCCUCGUCAUCUCUGGCAUCCCCCGGGGGCAAAGCCAUCACACAGGUCCAAUACAUCCUGCCCACCCUAUCAGCCAGCUCCAAUCCCAAGAGCCCCUCCCCUCAGCUGCACAACCUGCCAAACAGUUUCUUCAACCUGCCCACAGCUCCGCCCACCCACAUGUCCAUAGCCAAUGGGAAGCAGGUGGGGCUGGGCUCGCUGAUGGGAUACGCCUCCAGCCCAGCUGUGGGAGUGGUCAGCCCGGGAGCCAGAGUGCAAUCCCAGUCCCCAGUCCUACAGGGCAAGAUGCUGCUUCCCAUGGCAACAGUGAGGACGGCACCCGCCCCUGCCCAGCAGUUCCCCCUCGUGGCUCCACCUCUUCCUGUCCAGAAUGGAGCUCAAGCAGGAAGCAAGAUCUUCCAGAUCGCUCCCAUGCCUGUUGUCCAAUCCCAGCUCCAGCAAGGCAGGGCAGGGCAUCCUGGGAGCCCUUUUCCCAUUACCAUGGGAACGGCCACAGUAUUGCACCCGGGUUCUGCCCCAUCUCAGACUGUGCUGCUGCCGCCCCAACCAACCAGGAUCACCUAUGUCCAGUCCACGCCAGGAGUCCCCUCUGCUCAGCCUCUGGUCUCCACAACAACAGGCUCCUCCUCCCCGCAGCAGGCCCAGCUCACCCCUGGAUCUGCAUAUGUUCCGUCGCCCCUAGCAACGCUGGGCUUUACAGCCAUAGCACCCCCUGGACAGAACCUAGUCCAACCCCUCAUCACAGGUCAGCCUCCCUUUCAGGCUCCAGUCCAGUCCCCUACCUGCCCCUCCCUCCCCUCUGGUCCAGCCUCUGCUUCAGGGGGACAGAUAAUCACCGCCAUCUACCCCCCUACCAGCGUCGCCAUUGCAACUGGGGUGGUCUCCAUGGCAACCGGGCCACCCAGCAUGGUGUAUACAGUCUCCAGCUCCUCCAGUUUGUCCACCCACAUCCUGCCCAAACACACAUUCGCCCCCGCCACCCCCACCACACACACUCACACACACACCCAGCUACAGACAGACAGACAAACAGACAGGCACGCGGGGGAGAGACCCACGGACAGAACGUCUCACUCUCAGUCAGAGAAAGCGGCAGACAGACAAGCGGAGACGCAGCCUGAGCUACAGGCGUACGGACAGACGGAGAGGCAAGCCCAGACCUUCAAUAAGAGCAGCAGCUUAGUGGGGCCCCCAAGUGGCUCCUCAUUGUCACUGCGGCCCUGCAGCCCCCCCCUGCCCUCUCACACUUCCACAGGCAGCGCACCAGGCACCCCCAAACUCCCCCAGCUCCCGGUGAGAACCCCUCAGAAAAUCAAAGCCACAGUUGCCAACAUCCCGGUGGGCAGCUACGAGGGAGGAGGCCGAGGAAAGGAGAGGGAGAAGAACCGAGAGAGGGAAAGGGAGAAAGAAAGAGAGAACACUGGGGCCAACAGUCGUUUUUCCUUUGAGCUGGAGCGUCCUGUGGAGUCGACGUCCCCCUCCCAACACACACACACUGCUGAGGAGCCCCCCUCUGACAGACCCCCUGAGGGACACGGCCCUGGGGACAACACUGACACACGCAGCACAGAGGCCAGCAACAAGGAGUCYGGGUGGAAGGACUCCGUCCCCUCCUCACCCCUGCCCCCUCCCUUGGGUACAGACCCUGCCCUGCCACCUCCCCAGAGCGACAAAGACGCCCCUCCUCCCAAAAAGGUGAAGGCCCGCCCCCCGCCACUCAAAAGGACCUUUGACUCUGUGGACAAGGUGUUGUCGGGGGUGUAUUUUGAGGAGCGUUUUGCUCAGCUACCAGAGUUCAGGCCAGAGGAAGUGCUGCCCUCCCCCACCCUGCAGAGCCUGGCCACCUCCCCCCGCGCCAUACUGGGAAGCUACCGCCGCAAGAGGAAGAACUCCACAGACCUGGACUCGUCAACAGAGGACCCCGUGUCUCCUAAGAGGAAGAGCAGAAGGCGCUCCAGCUGCAGCUCGGAGCCAAGCACACCCAAGAGCGCCGCCAAGUGUGAGGGAGAUGUCUUCACCUUCGACCGACCAGCCCCCCGUCUGUGUGUCCCCCUCCAGGGACAGGUGCUGACGGAGAGGACAUCCUGGGGGAGCUGGAGUUUGACAAGGUGCCCUACUCCUCUCUGAGACGCACCCUGGACCAGAGA